UUAUUAUUUCUUCUAGACAGCUAAAAAAAUGUUGAUUUCAAGUAAUAAAAUAUAAUAUGUUAAAAGAAAGUGAUGAUUUGUUAAGUAAGUCUGAUGAACCAUAUAAUUCAGCUUUUCUUGGUGCAGAUCUUGAACUUGAUGGGUCGAGAAGGCGAGAGAUUAGUUUGUAUCGAAAUAAUCAAAUUGUUUUGACUGUUGAGCAUGGUGUCACUCUUGGGCUGUUGAAACUAAUUUACUCGUCUGAUGGAAAGUUUUGUGGAACUUUGCAAGGCGUUAAAAGUCGCUCAUCUGACCUUGGGGAAGUGGCUUCUGUCAUCUUAUCUGAUGAGCGUGUUCUUGACAGAGAUGAAUAUGAAAUUAUAGUCCAAGAAAACUCACGUAGUUUUUUGCAUGCAAACUCUGUAUCUUCACUCAAAAGUACCUUUGUAUCUGGUUCCCAGCAGAGCAAUACUUCUUUUGUUAACAGUAACGAGAAGAAAAUAGGACAGUUUGUAUGUGAGUAUUGUCACUUACCUUUUGUGUCUAAAGCAAAAUUUCUGCGACAUCGUCGUAUUCACACCGAAAUCAACCCGUAUGUAUGUGCACAUUGCAAUCAGUCGUUCUCACAUCACUUGGAGUUAAGAAAGCAUCGUGAAGAAACACACAUGACAAAUAAAUCUUUUAAGUGUAACUAUUGUCCAAAAUCUUUUGCCACUAGAGCUGAACUCAGAGGACACUUAUGGCGACAUACAGGUGAAAAGAAUCAUAAGUGUCGCAUUUGCGGAAAAAGUUUUGCUACUAAAGGAAAUCUAAAGCUUCAUAUUGAUAAACAUAUAGGUAUUCACAAGCAUAAAUGUCCGUUUUGUCCCCAACGCUUUACUUCACAUUCUUCACUGGAAUCCCACAUGGCAAAGCAUACUGGGAUGAAAGCUUAUAAAUGUCGAUUUUGUACAAAAAGUUACGCACAAGCAGGUCAGCUAACAGCACAUGAAAGACUACAUACUGGUGAAAAGCCUUUUUUGUGUCAAGUAUGUACCAAGGGCUUCAGAUUGAAUUCAACUCGACUAGCACAUGAAAAAAGACAUACAGGUGUGCGUCCUCAUAUUUGUGAAACAUGUGGUCGAUCUUAUGCAAUGCCUGAACAUUUAAGACGUCAUUUAAAAACACACGAAAAUAGAUCAGAUCGACUUGUAUCUUGUCCUAUUUGUAAAAAAAAAAUAUUUGCAGGACGUAAUAUUCGAAAACAUUUAAUUCGCCAUCGUGAAUUAAACUUAUCAGAUAUGCAGGCAAAAGCUAUUGCAUCUUCCCUUAAACCAGAUUGUACUUCAAAUAAAUCAAAUGAUGAAAUGAAGCUGCCGACUUGUUCAGUUUUUUCGAUUAAAAAUUCAGUACGACCACCUAUAAGAUGUUUGGAGUGUAAUGAAGAAGUGAAGUCCGUUCGUAAACUUAUUGAACACCUUUCAGAUGUACAUUACCAUCGUGAGCUAAAACCAUUAGAGCGAAAAGAAAUACGGUUACGUCAUGGGUUGCAAAAACUAAAUUUUUGCAAGUAUUGUUCUUCUCAUUUUGUUGAUUACCGUUUACUUCGUUCUCAUGUUCUUGCUGAGCAUUCUGGAUUUAGUGAUGAAGUAAGUGCUUCAAAAACCUCCAGAAAAAAUAUUAGCCCAGCUUAUAAAUGUCCAAGUUGUUUUUCAUAUUUUCAUCUUCGUUCAACUUUAGAUGAACAUAUUAUUAAAGAUCAUUUAACAACAGUCAUAGAAGCUGAUUCCUCUGUAGGAUCUCUGCUUCAAUUUCAGUGCUGGUACUGCUCAGUAGUUUUUGAGACUCCUGAAGACGUUGUUUCUCACAUGACCAGCGAGCAUGAUAGCCUAGAAAGCCUUAGUAAGCGUGUUGAAAUGUCGGAAACAGGUGAAAAUACAGUCACUUCCUCCGGAUUAUGGACAUGUCAACAUUGCCCUGUAAGUUUUAAAUCAGAGACAGAAUACAAUUCCCAUUUGAUCUUACAUCAGUCUACGCGAUCUCCUAUUUCAUCACAAGAUAAUUUGAAAUUGCCUAGCGAUUGCUCUAUAGCUGAAUAUUCUAAUGAUUCUUUGAGUCAAUUAUCUGAUUCUGGAAUAAACAUUGAUGGAAAUAUUGGUGGAAAAGAUUCUGCCGGAAAUGUUAUAGAUGUAUCUGAAUGUGAAGCGUCAAAUCGUGUUGUCUAUGAUAACCAGGAUGUUAGAAAUCAUAAACAGCCACCAAUUUUGGAAAAUCUUGGUGAAACUUCUUUAAUUAUGAAAGCUCAAAUUUUUAGCGAUCCACAGCUCAUUCAAGAGGAUCAAAUUGUUGAAUCAAUCAAAUCUUCUAGUAAUGACAAAAAUAGCUGUGUAUAUUCUGAUAACGAACCACUAUAUGAAUUUUCAAAUAUAGAAACAAAUACGAAAAAACAAAACAAAAAAAAGAUUUCAAAGCAUUUACAAAAUGGAAAACUGGAAUACUGUGGUGUCUGCUUUCAAUCUUUUAAACAAUCAGAAAUUCAAUCACAUUCAAAAAAGUGUCAAGCAGAACAAAUUGUUCCUUUUAGAUGCUGGUUUUGUACGUUGACAUUUAAUAGCGCUGAAGAAGUCGUUGUUCAUAUGACUAGCCAGCAUGAUAACCUAGACAAUUUAAGCCGAAGGGUUGAGCUUGUUGAAAUAAAAAACAUGAGUUCUGAAAAAAGUAAUGAUUUAAAAUCUUUACAAAUAAGUCAGUGUGACAUUAAAUGUCCGAUUUGCCAUAAGACAUUUUUUAACAAAGAAUCUUUUGAUAUACACGUUGCGACGCAUGAUCAUUAUAAAGAUAUUCAUAUUGCUACUCAAGACUUGCAAUCUGAGAAAGAUAAACUUAUAAAGGUUGGCGCAGAAUUUUUGAAUAAGAACCGCCAUCACUUGCCUUCUGAACAAUUAAACGAUCAAGUUGUUGAUUUAACGGUAUCGCGUACAUCCACAUCUUUACUAACUACAUCAUCUCUUAAUGAUAUAAAUAUUACACCCGAACUUUUAGAAAAAAGUUUUCCAUUAAACUUAGCGAAUUCCAAGAAAUUAACAAAAGACGACCCUAAAAAGAUAUCAGAAAAUAGCAGUAUCUUAGCACAAUACAGAAAUGGGCUUAACAUUGGCGUAAAUAUGUGCACCCAUUGUUCUAGGGUGUUCUGCGGGAAAAAAGCUCUAGACGUUCAUACAAUGAAAAUGCACGGCAAAGAGUACCUGCAGCGUCACUUAACGACUCCUAGUGCUUUUCCUUUCUCGUGCUGGUUUUGUUCUUCUGCAUUUCCGACCCCUGAAAAAGUAGUAGAGCAUAUGACGAACACCCAUGAAGAUUUAGACAAGUUAAGCAAGCGAAUUGAAGAACAAGAAACGCCUAUGCUUUUUAGUACAAGUGUACCUCAGACAGAAAAAAGAAAGCAAUCGACUAAAAAGAAGUAUACUGCAAUUGCACCACAUAAAAGUAUGUUGACAAUGUCUUCUAUUAGCGAUAACUCAAAUUUACAAACUGUUUUUUCACAGUCUUCAGAUAUUUCUCCGAUAAUAAAUACAGAUAAUAUUCAUCAGCCACCUCCUGGAUACAAAAUAUCGUACGCGCUAGCUUAUGUUCCAGUUUUUGUACCAGAUAACGAUGGCGACGAAAUCAAAAGUAAAGAAGACCAGUAAAAAUUGUGAACGAAAAACUUGUUCUUUUUUUUCUGUAUAUAUCUCCAGCAUAUUUUUUCUAUACUUGAAUUUUGCGUAGAGUUUUAAA